AUGAAGCGGUCAGACGCGGUUCUGCUCGCAGCCGCCCUUGCGGCGCCCCAGGUGUCGGCCUAUGCCUUCCCCGAUUGUACUGCCGCCCCGCUCGUGAACAACUCUGUCUGCGACACGUCUCUCAACGCGACACAGCGCGCCGCCGCCCUCGUCGAGCUCUUCACCGUCGAGGAGCUGAUCAACAACACCGUCAACGGUUCACCGGGUGUCCCCCGUCUCGGUCUUCCCGCGUACCAGUGGUGGUCAGAAGGUCUGCACGGCGUCGCAGACAGCCCGGGCGUCAACUUCUCCACCUCCGGCCCCUUCAGCUACGCUACCUCCUUCCCGCAGCCCAUCGUCAUGUCCGCCGCGUUCGACGACGCCCUCAUCAAAGCCGUCGGCGGCGUCGUCGGCAUGGAGGGCCGCUCGUUCAACAACUACGGCCACGCCGGCCUCGACUUCUGGACGCCCAACAUCAACCCGUUCAAGGACCCGCGCUGGGGCCGCGGCCAGGAGACGCCCGGCGAGGACCCGUACCACAUCGCCCAAUACGUGUACAACCUCAUCCAGGGCCUGCAGGGCGGCGUCAAUCCCGAGCCGUACUUCCAGGUCGUCGCGACGUGCAAGCACUUUGCGGGGUACGAUCUCGAGGACUGGGAGAAUAACUUCCGAUACGGCUUUGAUGCGCUCAUCACCACUCAGGAUUUGAGCGAGUUCUAUUUGCCUUCGUUCCAGAGUUGCUACCGUGACGCACAGGCCGGGGCGUCGAUGUGUUCAUACAAUGCUGUCAAUGGCAUCCCUACAUGUGCUGACACCUACCUCCUUCAAGACAUCCUGAGAGACUAUUGGAACUUUGACGAGACGCGUUGGGUCACCAGCGACUGCGACGCCGUUGAGAACAUCUACAACCCUCACAACUACACCGCCCUUCCUCAACAAGCUGCCGCCGACGCGCUGAGGGCCGGAACCGACCUCGACUGCGGCACGUUCUACACCGAGUACCUCCCACUCGCAUACAACCAGUCCCUGAUCACAGAGACCGAGCUCCGCGCCGCCCUGACGCGCCAGUACGCGUCGCUCGUCAGACUAGGCUACUUCGACCCCGCCGCCCAACAGCCCUACCGCCAAUACGGCUGGUCCAACGUCGACACGCCCUACGCCCAACAGCUCGCCUACACCGCCGCCACCGAAGGCAUCACCCUCCUCAAAAACGACGGCACGCUCCCCCUCCCCAGCACGCUCAAGAACAUCGCGCUCAUCGGGCCCUGGGCGAACGCGACGAACCAGAUGCAGGGCAACUACUUCGGCGUCGCGCCCUACCUCGUCAGCCCGCUCCAGGGCGCGCUCGCCGCGGGCUACAACGUCACGUACGUGUUCGGCACGAACAUCACGAGCAACUCGACCGCGGGCUUUGCAGCGGCGAUUGCAGCGGCGCGCGAGGCGGACGCGGUGGUGUAUGCAGGCGGGAUUGACGUGACGGUCGAGGCGGAGGCGAUGGAUAGGUAUAAUGUCACUUGGCCCGGAAACCAGCUGCAGCUCAUUGGCGAGCUCGCCGCGCUCGGCAAGCCGUUUGUGGUCGCGCAGUUUGGCGGAGGACAGGUGGACGAUACCGAGAUUAAGGCGAACGCGUCGGUCAACUCCCUCAUCUGGGCCGGCUACCCAGGCCAGAGCGGUGGCCAGGCCCUCUUCGACAUCAUCAGCGGCAAAGUCGCACCCGCCGGGCGCCUCGUGACCACCCAGUACCCCGCAGACUACGUCUACGAGAUCCCGAUGACGGACAUGAACCUCCGCCCGAACGCAAACGGCACGACAAGCCCCGGACGGACAUACAAAUGGUACACCGGCGCACCCGUGUACGAGUUCGGCUACGGGCUGCACUACACCAACUUCACAUACACAUGGACAAAGGCGCCCGCGAGCACAUACAACAUCCAGACGCUCGUCUCCGCCGCAUCGGGCGCCGCACACAUCGACCUCGCGCCGUUCGACACGCUCAGCGUCGCGGUAACGAACGCGGGCGCGGUCACGUCCGACUACAGCGCGCUCCUCUUCGUGAACGGCACGUACGGCCCCGCGCCGUACCCGAACAAGGCGCUCGCCGCGUAUACGCGCCUGCACAGCGUCGCCGCCGGCGCAGCCCAGACCGCGACGUUCGACGUCGUCCUGAACCAGAUCGCGCGCGCGGACGCGUACGGCAACUUCUGGCUGUACCCUGGCGCGUACGAGCUCGCGCUCGACACGACGCGCGAGCUGACGGCGCAGUUCACGCUCACCGGGGACGCGUAUCAGCUCACGUAUUUCCCGCAGCCAGGGAAUGCGACUGCGGCGAUGUGAUGUGGUGUGAACUUUUCUUGACGAUUUAGCUAGGC